UCUGUGUGCUCCUGGAUGUAUGGCUUUUACAUUUAGCGAUGGUGAGAUGUGGGGUUCACUGCCCUCUAGCGGUCGGCCUACAGCCUGUUCAGCUGUACUGUCUUAGUUGUUUUUCCAUCCAUUAUCUCCCGCUCUUUAAGGUUUUAUGUAAUUUUUUGUACGUCAUUUCUCUCCAUCUCUCUCUCUAGUUUGAGAUGAACGAAUGUUUUUACAAACCGUAAAUGAGAUUAAAUUAAUGUAUUCUUAUCAUGUAAGUAUAGUUAUACGUGAAAAUCAUACGGUAAUUGAAUUCCAGGAGUUUAUACUUACGGAAAUGACUGCAUUAUUUAUUUAUUUUUAUUAGAUGUAUGCUGACUUGAUCCGUUUAAGUAGACGCAUGCGCAAUCAGAUACUUUUCUUUUGUCUGCGUGCGCAGCAGACGGGACAAACCUGUGAAGGCGGUUACACAGCUAACACAACAUCCGCAUGUUGUUCUCGGUGAGUUUAGCCCUAAAAACCAAACGUUCGUGUGUUUACCAGCUCCCGAAUAAGGAGUUAAUUUCAAACCAUAUCGUUUGUUUGGCCGUAUUAAAACACACGUCACUGUGGUUUAAACACGUUUAUCGGUGUGUUGCCUUUAGGGUCCGGUUUAAAUAUACAAACAGAGAUUGAAAAAGGGGAAUUGGUGAUUGAUAAGGGAUGGUGCGACUUUGACAUGUUUCUUCCAAAGGACAAGAGGACUGUCUUGUUAAUAUGGAAAUUGCAAGGGAACCCGAGGACCCCCACAGUGACCUGAGUAAAAAGAGCUGCAGCUGCGGCUUCCCCAGCUGCAUCGUCUGGUGUCGGGACUGCUCCGAGCCGCUGUGUGACACAUGUUUGGCUGCUCAUCGUAGGGUCACUCUUACCAAAACGCACCAGAUGUUGGACCACACACCGGCAAACCCCUCACACGUUGGCACCACCCUGUGUCUGCAGCACCCGUCAGAGAAACUGAAGCUCUACUGCCUCACCUGUAAACAGUACACCUGCAGAGACUGUCAACUGAGUAGUGCGCACAUGAACCACAGUUACCAGUUUGUGACUGAAGCUGUGACCGAUAUGAAGAGUCAACUGAGGACCAUGCUCCAGCCAAUCAGAGCACUGCGCCACAAGUUGAAACAGACUCUGAAGGAUCUAAAGACCAGGCUGAGUGACAUCAUAAGCGGAGAAGAGAAACUUUUGGCUGAGUUGGAGAACUCCCACAACUACUGUGCCAAGAUCCUGGCCAACAGAGUGCAGUUCCUGCGGGAACAAAUCAAGAACGUCCAGAAGACAGAGAUGCAUCAAGUUCAGACCAACAUUGAGAAGCUGCAACAGCUGCAGGUCAAACAGCUGAAGGCAGAGAAGCUUCUGAAAAAGUCACUGGUCGUGGACGACCUGACGCUUCUGGUUAAUCUGAAGGCACAGGUGGAGACAGAGAUGAAGAGUGUGUCGGAGGAGGACGUGGCUCUGCCCGCACUGAUGAAGGAGAUAGAGGUCACGACCAACAUGUACGCUGUGAAUGCUCUGUCCAACCUUGGUUUUAUUCAGAUUUCCGACGUCCCGUUCUGUAUCAGUACAAACACCUCCGGACAUGAAACUGGACCCGCCCCCAUCUUACCCUCAACGUUAGGUACUAAACAAGGCAGUUCGUUGGUGUCCGGCCUUGGAACCUCCGCUCCAUUAGGUGCCCACAACAAAAUGGUCACAAACCAAGACCCAGCUGUGGCAAAGAACCUCUGUCUGUUGAUGAUCCAAAGCCCAGCAUCGACCAACCAGGGCCCAGCACCGACCAACCAAGGCCCAGCACCGACCAACCAAGGCCCAGCAUCGACCAACCAGGGCCCAGCAUCGACCAACCAAGGCCCAGCAUCGACCAACCAGGGCCCAGCAUCGACCAACCAAGGCCCAGCAUCGACCAACCAGGGCCCAGCAUCGACCAACCAAGGCCCAGCAUCGACCAACCAGGGCCCAGCAUCGACCAACCAAGGCCCAGCAUCGACCAACCAGGGCCCAGUAUCGACCAACCAGGGCCCAGCUUCGACCGACCAAAGCCAAGCUAUAAAAAAGCUGGUCCAAAUGUUGAUGAUCCAAGGCUCAUUAGCAAUACAUCAAAACCCAAGAUUGACCAACCAAAGCCCAAGAUUGACCAACCAAAGCCCAAGAUUGACCAACCAAAGCCCAAGAUUGACCAACCAAAGCCCAAGAUUGACCAACCAAAGCCCAAGAUUGACCAAUCAAGGCCCACAUCGACCAAUCAAGGCCCAGCAUCGACCAAUCAAGGCCCAGCAUCGACCAAUCAAGGCCCAGCAUCGACCAAUCAAGGCCCAGCAUCGACCAAUCAAGGCCCAGCAUCGACCAAUCAAGGCCCAGCAUCGACCAAUCAAGGCCCAGCAUCGACCAAUCAAGGCCCAGCAUCGACCAAUCAAGGCCCAGCAUCGACCAAUCAAGGCCCAGCAUCGACCAAUCAAGGCCCAGCAUCGACCAAUCAAGGCCCAGCAUCGACCAAUCAAGGCCCAGCAUCGACCAAUCAAGGCCCAGCAUCGACCAAUCAAGGCCCAGCAUCGACCAAUCAAGGCCCAGCAUCGACCAAUCAAGGCCCAGCAUCGACCAAUAUGA